CACACACACACUCACACAGAGCCAAAAAUGGCUUCUUUAUCUCUUCAUUCUUUUCUUACCAUUCAUGCCCAAUCUCGCUCUAAUAAUAAUAACAGUAAAACCACACGUAAGCAACAACUUUCCAUUAAACAUCCUAAAAAACCCACUUUCCGGCCACCACCGCUUUCUUCCGUCUCCGGCGGCGAAGCCACCACCUACACUCGCCUUCCUCCUUUAGAAGACGUCAUCGUUUCAAAACCCUUUAAAGAAGUCAAAUUAUCUGACUUGCCCAUCCCAAAACACAAACAAAAAGAUAUAGUAACUAAAAAUUCUGUCACUAAAACUAAAGAUAAGAUUUUUGAUGAAAAUGUAGAGAUUUUGGAUUCUGAAAAUGAAAAUGAAGAUGGAUUUGAUUAUGGGAAAUUUGAGUUAUUUGAGGUUAAUUCUGAUGAUGAAUUUGAUAGUGAUGGUGAAGAGUAUUUUGUAAAUGAAUUAGGAUUUGAGAAUGAAAAUCAAGAAAAUGUGUUGGAUUUUCAAGAAAGUUUGGAACUUGAUGAUGAAUUGAGGGAGAAAGAAAAAGGGGUGCCUGCAGUGAUGAGAUGUUUCGACAGGGCGAAAAUAUACGUAAGAUCGGGUGACGGUGGGAACGGGGUAGUGGCGUUUCGGCGUGAAAAGUUUGUACCUUUAGGGGGGCCAUCUGGGGGAGAUGGUGGAAGAGGGGGGAAUGUUUAUUUAGAAGUUGAUAGUGCUAUGAAUUCUUUGUUGCCAUUUAGGAAUAGUAUACAUUUUAGGGCAGGAAGAGGGAGUCAUGGACAAGGGAGUAAGAUGAACGGGGCGAAAGGUGAAGAUGUCGUUGUGAAAGUGCCACCGGGGACGGUUGUUAGAGGUGUUGGGAAAGAUGGAGUUGUUGGUGAUGUGUUGUUGGAGUUGUUGUAUGUUGGAGAUAGGGCUUUGUUGUUGCCUGGUGGUAGAGGUGGUAGAGGGAAUGCUUCGUUUAAGUCCGGGGCUAAUAAGGUGCCUAGGAUUGCUGAGAAUGGUGAAGAAGGUCCUGAAAUGUGGUUGGAAUUGGAGCUUAAAUUGGUUGCGGAUAUUGGGAUAGUGGGCGCUCCAAAUGCAGGAAAAAGCACUUUUCUGAGUGUUAUAAGUGCUGCUGAGCCAAACAUUGCAAAUUACCCCUUUACAACAUUACUUCCCAAUUUGGGUGUGGUUUCAUUUGAUUAUGAUGCUUCUAUAGUUGUGGCGGAUCUUCCUGGUUUACUUGAAGGAGCCCACCGAGGUUUUGGUUUGGGCCAUGAGUUUCUUAGGCAUACCGAAAGAUGUUCUGCUCUGGUACACAUUGUCGAUGGCUCGUCUCAACAACCAGAUUAUGAAUAUGACGCAGUUCGUCUAGAGCUGGAAAUGUUCAGUCCUGAAAUUGCUGAAAAGCCAUUUAUAGUUGCAUAUAACAAAAUGGAUCUUCCUGAAGCAUAUGAAAACUGGAAAUCAUUCCAAAAGAACUUACGUUCACGUGGGAUUGAACCUUUUUGCAUUAGUGCAUUGAAUAGAGACGGAACACGAGAACUGAUAACCGCUGCUUAUGAGCUUGUACGGCAAGGAAUUGAAGACAAAAAGGAUGAAAGUUGGAGAGAUCCGGUACAGUUCAGUCAUGUGGCUGAAAUGGUGAAAAAGCAACGAACUGCUCCCAUUAAUGAAUUUGAGAUCUCACAUGAUAGUUCUUCCGACACAUGGCAUAUUGAAGGAGCGGGAUUGCAACGAUUUGUCCAAAUGACAAACUGGAAGUAUAUGGAUUCUGAUAGAAGAUUCCAGCACGUGCUAGAGGCAUGUGGCGUUAACAAGUCUUUAAUUAAGCGUGGUGUGAAGGAAGGUGAUACAGUCAUCAUUGGCGAGAUGGAGAUGGUGUGGCACGAUUCUCCGAACAAUUCUGGUCCGAACAGGAAACAGUCAACAGAAUCAGUCAAAUGGGCUAAUUGGAAAUGAUCCAUGUGAGCUUCAAGAUUUUAAAAUAGUCAAAGGUGCUGGUUAUUUAUAUAGUGCCUCAAUGAUGCUGGUUGCAGAUACAAGAUGAUCUAUAGAUGACGAGAUCUGCAGUUCAUGUAAAAGUUAAUGGUGUCCUGUUUUUCCCUUGCACAUACAUGCAUCUUUUGUUGUAUUAGUUAGGUUAAUGCUGUACUCUUAUGAAUAUAUAUUUUUCAUAUAGAAUACCAAAAUACCCCUUUAGCCAUCUAUCAGAUCUUUUUUGUCUCCAGGAGGUGCAGAGGGUAAAAUAUAACAUCCACCGACACGCUAGCAUUAGUUUGUAACGGGUUAUGUCGUUUGGGUCUAUUGGGUCAUCGUACUAUCUAUUUAUGUAUCAUAUUCAAGAAUUUAUAUUUACACAAAAAUUGCGAAAAUGCAAUAAUGACAAGAAGCUCAACGAAUACCGUCAUUUGACAAA